UCUCUGACUUCCGAGGAGAGGAGAGGCCACGGGGAGCAUCAUGGCUGCCCCACCUUAGCCUGUGUGCCCUCAACAUAGGUGUUCACGGAGGCCCCUUCGGGCGUUUGAUCCUGUCGUCUGUCUCUACUCUGCCUCGGCUCAGCCCUGACCAGGGGACACUGGGGAGCCUCAGAGGGCUCCCGCCCGCCUUGGCUGUAUUGACCGCAGGCCGACCUGCCGGCUCACUUUCAGGAGAAUCAAGCACCACCCGGCUUCUUCUCUGUGGCAAGCCCAGAGCUGAAGCGUUGCAGCAUGGCGCGCGGCUGCCUCCAGGGCGUCAAGUUCCUCAUGUUCGCCUUCAACCUGCUCUUCUGGCUGGGGGGCUGCGGCAUCCUCGGGGUUGGCAUCUGGCUGGCUGCCACGCAGGGGAACUUUGCUACCCUGUCCUCCUCCUUCCCGUCCCUGUCGGCUGCCAACCUGCUCAUCGUGACCGGCACCUUCGUCAUGGCCAUCGGCUUCGUGGGCUGCAUCGGGGCCAUCAAGGAGAACAAGUGCCUGCUGCUCACCUUCUUUGUGCUGCUGCUGCUGGUGUUCCUGCUGGAGGCCACCAUCACCAUCCUCUUCUUCGCCUACACUGACAAGAUCGACAGGUACGCCCAGCGAGACCUUAAGAAGGGUCUGCACCUGUAUGGCACCCCAGGAAACGUGGGCCUCACUAAUGCCUGGAGCAUCAUCCAGACCGAUUUCCGCUGCUGUGGGGUCUCCAACUACACCGACUGGUUCGAGGUCUAUAAUGCCACCCGUGUGCCCGACUCCUGCUGCCUGGAGUUCAGUGACAGCUGUGGACUCCACGCACCUGGCACCUGGUGGAAGGCGCCGUGUUACGAGACCGUGAAGAUGUGGCUCCAGGAGAACCUCCUGGCUGUGGGUAAUCUUCGGGCUGUGCACGGCACUGGUACAGAUCCUGGGUCUGACCUUCGCCAUGACCAUGUACUGCCAGGUGGUGAAGGCUGAUACCUACUGUGCGUAGGCUCCGCUCCUGCCACCCCCGCCCCCCACCCCGCUGCCGAAGGAUGUAGCCCACCUGCCUCUCCCUGCUGCAGGACUCAGCACCAUCCUGGGCACAGGGGAGGGG